GCCUCCUUAAGCCACACGGACGGUCACCGCGGCUCCGGAACAUCAGCGGAGCCAUCUGCAGGCCUCCAUCUUGAGAUGGCAGGAGCGUGACAGAGAGGGGACUGAAGGGGAGGAGGACCUACUGCUUGAUCAGCUUAUGGUGGGGUUGAAAACGGGCUUCAUAAAACAAGAACUGAGCCGACAGAUGCGACGACAUGACGGUAUGACUUUCAAAGCUGUGUGUAAAGAAGCCCAGGCCCUAACAAAAGAACUACAGGAGGGCGAGGAGGCUGCUUUGUCCAAUAGAGUCACCUAUAUUCCUCAGAACAAGGAUGCCGUUGAUCCAGAACAUCUCAAGAACCAGAUAAAGGCCGGACUGAAAGAGGAACUGUUGGGGGAGAUAAAAACAGGAAUAAAAGAACAACUGAAAGAGCUCUCAGCCGACCUUAUAGCAGAGAUAAGAAACCAGUUAUCCGACCAUUAGCAGCCCACUUUGACCUCUUCAUCUAACCGGGCAAGACUGGGAAGCCACACCCCCACCAUUUCUUACCAGUGGAAUUCAGAGGGGAGACCCAUAUGCCGGGGUUGUGGAGUGGUCGGGCAUGUGCAGCGUCGCUGCACCCGCAGAUCAUCACAGUCUCAGGGUUUUUAACUCCCCCUACAGCUGAGGGCCAAGCAGUAGGGGCGGUGACUCUGGAACAGGAGCCCAGAUCACAGGCUGCCUCAAUGCCAGAGGCUUCUGUGCAGCUAGAGCAUAGAUCCGCCCUGAUUGGGGAAUGCCCUAACGUUCUGCUUAAAAUAAAUCACCAGCCUAUUCCCUUCAUCCUGGAUACAGGGUCCCAGGUCACAAUGCUUAGUCAGAGCUUAUUUGAUAAACACCUGAAGGGUACGGGAGUGACUAGUGCAGAUACUCUGCCUUGGCUGACCCUACGAGCCGCUAACGGACUGAAAAUUCCCUACAGAGGCUACACUAUUGUGGACUGUGUUGUAGGGAGUAUUGAGGUAACGGGAAAAGGUAUUAUAGUUGUGGAUGAUGAAUGCCUCGGCUCAGAGAAAGGCAUCCUAGGUAUGAACAUUAUUAAACCUGUUUGGUCCACUCUCACACAGGGGAGCCACCCAGGACUACAGGCAUUCAAAACCACCUUGACUUCGGUGGAAGGGGAGGCUUGGUCCAAAGCGUUUGCAGAAUGCCACCGAGUCAUCACAGAAGCUCCGACACCAUUGUAUAAAGGAGUUGCAAAGUUGCCUCAACAGUCAUCUGUCAUCAUUCCACCACAAGCUGAGAUGGUCCUGUGGAUGCAGGUAACCAACAGCCCAGUCACUUUGCCCUGUACUGUGGUUGUGGAGCCUUUUCCAGACAGUGACACAGAAUGGCGUAUUGGACGAACUUUGGCUUCAGUGGUUGGUGGACGCAUCCCUUGUAAAGUUUGCAAUCCUAACCCAUACCCUGUUGAAAUACCACAGCGCCAGCCUCUGGCCCAAGUGACUGAGGUGGAAACUUCUGAAAUACCUGGUGAACAAGAACUAGUGCUUAACGCUGUGGGCCCGGAUGUGGUGGAGGUGGCAGUGAGAUGUGUGGGUGUUGUGGAUAAUGAAGGAGAUGACGUACAUCCUGUCUUUGCCUUACAGGGAGAUGGUCUCACUCCGGACCAGCAGAAGGAAAUGACUAGUCUCCUGCAUAAAUGGAGGAGAGUUUUCUCUCGACAUGAUGAGGACUUUGGCAGAACGGGAGCUGUGAAACAUCAGAUACCCACCGGCUCUGCACCCCCCAGUCGUGAGCGGUAUCGCCCCGUACCCCCCAGCUUAUACCAAGAGCUACAGGCACUCCUAAAGAACAUGUUGGGGAGUGGAGUGGUGAGGGAAAGCUCUAGUCCGUGGGCGGCACCAAUCGUGCUGGUGAAGAAGAAAGAUGGAAGCUGGAGAUUUUGUGUUGACUACAGGAGAUUGAAUGCACUCACCCAUAAGGACGCCUAUCCUCUACCUCGCAUUGAGGAGUCCCUGACAGGACUGAAGGCAGCUAAAUGGUACUCCACGUUGGAUUUGGCCAGCGGAUACUGGCAAGUGGAGAUGGACCCUGCCGACAGGGAGAAGACAGCGUUUACCACGCCGUUUGGCCUAUAUGAAUUUGAGCGGAUGCCGUUUGGCUUGUGCAAUGCUCCAGCAACCUUCCAGUGGCUAAUGCAACGAUGCUUGGGUAAUUUGGUCAAUGACUCCCUCUUGAUUUACUUGGAUGAUGUUGUCGUUUUCUCCCCAGAUUUCAGUACCCAUGUCAAACACCUGGAGGAGGUGUUUGAGAAAUUGGAUCAACAUGGCUUAAAGCUCCAGCCCAGGAAAUGCAACUUGUUCCAGCGCAAGGUGACCUACCUGGGACACGUCAUUAGUGAAGGGGGAGUAGCCACUGACCCCACUAAGACGAUGGCAGUAAGAGAAUGGCCAAUGCCCCAGACUGUGAGGCAAGUGAGAUCUUUCCUGUGUCUUGCUGGCUAUUAUAGAAGGUUUAUACCUCACUUUUCCAAAAUUGCAACACCUCUAAACAUGCUGACCCAUGGUACCUCGGUGAAGAAAUCCACUCCAGUAACUUGGACUGAGCUGUGCCAGCAAGCUUUUGACGAACUAAAGCGGGCCCUGUUGAAUGCUCCUGUUUUGGCUUAGGCUGAUUUCUCCCAGCCUUUCAGGUUGUAUACAGAUGCAAGUUUUGAGGGCUUGGGCGCAGUACUGGCUCAGAUUCAAGAUGGGAAGGAGAGAGUCAUUGCAUAUGCCAGCAGAAGCCUUCAUCCCACAGAGCGCAAUGACCAGAAUUAUAGCUCAUUCAAGCUCGAGCUGCUGACUUUUAAGUGGGCAGUAACCGAGAAAUUUAAGGAUUACUUGUAUGGCUCUGAAUUUACCAUCUUUACAGAUAACAACCCACUUGUGCACUUGGAAACGGCCCGGUUGGGAGCAGCAGAGCAACGUCGGGUGGCCCAGCUUGCAAACUUCAGGUACACUAUUAAAUACCGUCCUGGUAUACAAAAUAAAAAUGCGGAUGCACUUUCUAGGCUCCCGGAGCAGAAGCCAGAUUCAUAUGCAUGGGUGGUGCGAGCAGAUGAAGAGUCCUGGCAGGAGCGACAGGUCAUGGACCAGGAUCUGUCACAGCUCCGUGACCAGAAGGAACAGAGACUCCCCAGGCCUAAUGUGCGUGACGAUACCUCCCUGUAUUUGAAAGGAUUAAUAAAAGAAUGGGACAAGAUCUUUCUAAAGGAAGGUGUCCUGGGGAGAGAUUGGAAGGAGCCAGGUUCAGGACUUACCAUCUUCCAAGUACUCGUCCCCAAAAAGGAGACGAGGGAUGUAUGGAGGACUUAUCAUGAAGAAAUGGGCCACCCGAGCAAUGAAAGGACCUACAUGGCCAUCCGACAACGCUGUUACUGGCCAGGGAUGUUAUGGGAUAUUGGGAUCUGGACAGAUUCCUGUACCCAGUGUAUCAUUAAUAAAGCUGGACCAUCUGGGAGGGCGCCACUCCACCCUAUCUGCACAUCAUACCCAUUCGAGGUCGUUGGUGUGGAUUACCUCUCCCUGGGACGUCCAAGUGACAGGUACCAAUAUAUCCUGGUAAUCACAGACCUGUUCUCAAAGUACGCUAUUGCAGUGCCCACCAAGGACCAGUCCGCGGAUGUUACGGUGCGGGCCUUAUAUAACCACCUGAUCCAUACCUUUGGUUGCCCGGAGCGCAUCUUAACAGACCGUGGUGCCGCCUUUGAGUCUUCACUAAUGAGCCAACUGUGUCAGCUCUAUGGGUGUCAAAAGAGCCGUACCACAGCGUACCACCCACAAGGUAAUGGAGCUUGUGAGAGGUUCAACCAGACGCUGAUAAGACUGCUAGGCUCCUAUGCUGAGAUGCAGUAACCAGAGUGGCACAGCAAAUUGUCUGCUUUGGUUCAAGCAUACAAUAAUACAGUCCACAGCACUACUGGGAUGACUCCACAUUUUGUUGUGUUUGGAAGGCACGCUAGAUUACCAGUAGAUUGGACAACUGGCUUCCAUCCUACUGUUGAGAGGAACACUUUGGAAGGUUGGGUGAAGCAGCAUCAUCGUGCCCUUAGUCAGGCAUAUCAGGCUACCAAACAACAGUCUGAACAAAGAAGAGAACAGGACCAGACUCGCUACAACCGAAAAGCAAAAUUGCAGCCCUUGCUCCCAGGAGAGCGUGUCUUGAUCCGUAACUUCCGCUGGAGGGCCAGGGGGAAGCUAGCGCCAAGGUGGACCCCAGAGCCAUUUGUUGUGGUGAACCAACUAAGAGAAGAUCACCCAGUAUACCUUGUUCGCCCAGAGGGUAAUGGGCCAGGAGGAGGUAAGGAGGCACCCACACGCACAAUUCACCGUAAAAAUCUGCGUUUGUGCCCUGUUGACAUGGUGCAGGAAAAUCAGAGGCGUCAGGAGUCGGAGAGGCCAGUGAUGCAGCCGGACAAUCUGCCACCUCCUACCUUGUGGCUUCCCAGGCUGGUGCUUAGUCAAAGAGCACCUGAAGACAAAGAUGGACACCAGGCUGAAAUGCCACAGCAGGCUAGACCACCUGACCCUCCAGAAAAUUCAGCAGUUUAUGAGGGGGCUCUAGUGCGCCGUUCCAAGUGCCCCAAUAUUGGUAUGCCUCCUGUAAGGUACCGUGAGUAAUUGGCCGAGACGACCAAUGUUAAAGUUGGGAGGGAAAAUGUCAGAGGGUUUACCUUUAUCCUAACUGUAAUGAAUGAUUUAUUUUCUUUUCUGUGUGCUGUGAUUUUGUUGCUGUGCUUGUAUAAUUUUAUUGUAAAUAUUGAGGACUAUACAGAAGGAAAAAAGGACUAAUUGGAAACUCCCUCCCUAAUGUCAUGCGAUUGGCUGUUUGGCGUCAUGCACUCUUUUAAAAGCCAGAGGGCAGGCAAGAGAAAACAGGAAAAACUCCCCGACGAGGAAGAAUUCGAGCCGGAGAAGAGGGAAGCGCACUGGGAGCCAGCUGGUCUGCGCAGAAACAAGUUUCACCACUGGGACCGGGAGAGGACGUGAUGCGGUCGGGACAAAUGCGCGGUGUGGGAGGAACUGUUUCAACGCCAUAACGCAGCUAAGUCAAGGAACGUGAACACGGUCGAACUUGGAGAGAGUGUGGCCAACACUGUUAUGGUGCUGGGAAUAAGGACCUCUGUUUACUCCUGCAGCGGCGUAGGAGCAAAGGCUUCAGCGAGAAGAUGCGCUGCAGCUCCCUGAACUGGUCAUUCCUCUCAUCAGAUCCCUUCAUUGGGCAGGAUGUUUGUUAUGAACUUGACCAGUCGGUCCACUUGUGUUUUUUUACUUUUUAUACUGAUUUUAUUAAUCUUUUAUUUUUAUUUUGAAUUGUGGAUUCAACUGUAUUUUUAACUAUUUUA